AUGGACGACCUUGUGUCCUGGAAGAGCUGGCUGGAAGGAGACUGUGACACUGCGCUCUAUGCCAACCUAAAUGCCACGGAUGACUGCGCCAUCUGUAUUGGUGUCGGGUCUGCAGCUGCAACGACUACAACCAGUGGAACUGCCACCCAAACCCCUACCACCACCACCUCCUCCUCCAUUGGGCCCACUCCAAUCGACACUGUGUCGGGAUGUGAGAAGUUCUACACCACUACAAAGGGCGACGACUGUCACCACAGUCGAGACCAAAACCCCAGUGUCGGCUCUACUUGUACUAAUUUGUGGCUAGAAAAAGCAUACUGUGUUAAGGGACCGGCAUCGACGACCAGCGCAACAGCAAGUGCAGCCACUCGGACGGGAAUCGCGUCGAACUACAACCAGUAUUACACGGUGGUGUCGAAUGAUUCGUGCGCCAAGAUCGAGACCGCGUAUGGUAUUGCUUUUGCUGAACUAUACAAGUGGAAUCCUGCGAUUGAAUCAGACUGUGAGUAUCUAGGAAUCGGGUACUUGAAGAAAUUGCUCUUGAUUUAUGACCAUAGCGCGCGUAUCGAACUUAUUUCGAGCCGCCCGAUAACACGGACCCUUCCCGGGCCGGCCCUCCAAGGCUCCGAUCACUUCUCCACUUCUCACUUCUCCCCUAGCCCAGACGGGCGUAGUGUUUCAUCAUCCUGGGAACCCGAGAUUUGA